AUGAAAUUAAAUAAUAACAUCAACAAUAAUAAUAAUAAUAACAACAACAUUAGCUCAAUUACUAUUAACAAUUACAGUUCUCCUUCUGUUGUAGGCCAUUCUCUCUCAAGUGCUGCCAUGGUUCCUGAUAUGAUGGAGUACAACUCUGAUGCUUUCUCUUGCCCAAAUGCUCCAACCAAUUAUACCUCUUAUUUAAUUGGUUUAUACCACCAUACCUUGGAUGAAGAGUACUCUUCCAUGUUGCUAAAUUAUGACGAAAAUGUUGGCCAUCUCAAUAACUAUGGCUCAAUGUUUGAAUUAAUGAAAGGUAGUGACAACAAUAGUAUUCCUUCAUCCCCUUCCUCUGCCUUGGUUUCCCUUUGUUCAAGUUCCCAAACUGUACCAUCUUUAUAA